UAAUUGGUCCAGGGAGCUUCAGAGGCACUGUGAUCUAACCAGGAAAGCCCUUGUAUGGGGCCUUUCUGGCUUCCUGGGAUGCUGCACGUGCUGGACACAUGGCCUGCACCUGAAUGAGAAUGGUCCGCCGUGGGCUGCUGGGGUGGAUUUCUCGGGUGGUGAUUGUGCUGGUACUGCUUUGCUGUGCCAUCUCUGUCCUCUACAUGUUAGCUUGCACCCCAAAAGGCGACCAGGAGCAAAAGGGACUGCCCUGGGCCAAUGGCCCCACAGGCAAAGAUGGCUACCAAGCGGUGCUGCAAGAGCGUGAAGAACAGCAUCGCAACUACGUGAACAGCCUUAAGCGGCAGAUCGCACAGCUCAAGGAUGAACUGCAGGCACACAGUGAACAGCUCCGCAGCGGGCUGGACCAGGCCAGCGAUGCCACUGGUCUGCGCUCAGGCUGGGACCCUGCACCAAAAGCCCAGGCCGAUCUGCUGGCCUUCCUGCGUGGGCAGGUGGACAAGGCUGAGGUACAUGCGGGUAUCAAACUGGCCACAGAAUACGCUGCCGUGCCUUUUGAUAGCUUCACCCUGCAAAAAGUGUAUCAGCUGGAGACUGGCCUGACUCGCCACCCUGAGGAGAAGCCUGUGAGGAAAGACAAGCGAGAUGAGCUGGUGGAAGCCAUCGAAUUUGCUCUGGAGAGUCUGAACAGCCCUGAGGAAAGCAGCCCACACCAGCGUCCUUACACAGCUGCAGACUUCAUAGAAGGGAUCUACCGAACAGAAAGGGAUAAAGGCACUUUGUAUGAGCUCACCUUCAAAGGGGACUACAAACAUGAAUUCCAACGGCUUGUCCUAUUUCGACCCUUUGGCCCCAUUAUGAAAGUGAAAAAGGAAAAACUCAGUAUGGCCAACACGCUUAUCAAUGUUAUUGUGCCCCUAGCGAGGAGGGUGGACAAGUUCCGGCACUUCAUGCAGAACUUCAGGUUUGUUUGUUUGCAGGGAACCCUGCUUAUUUGUU